CCAUCUCUUAACAUCUAUCCUAAUUGUGCAUCCCUCCCACCCACCAUGGGCACCGCCAUCUCCUGCAUCCAGGCCCUUCCCCCCCUCGACACCCUCCUCCAUCCCCCCCCCGAAACCUACGCCCAGCUCAUCAACAUCUUCCAAUACUUUCCCGCCAUAUCCCUAAUCCAAUGGCUCACCUCCUUCCACCCGGCAGGCAAAACCUCCCUCAAAUCCUCCCCCCUCAACCUCCCCGGCCGCUGGGCCUGGUUCACCAUGGAAAUCAUCUCCCCCCUAAACCUCCUCUACCUCCUCACCACCCUACCCCAAAAGUACUCCCUGCCCCCUCUUCCCCCCUUGAAUAAAUUUCUCGCGGCCCUGUUUGUCCUCCAUUACAUUAACCGCGCUAUCAUCUCUCCCUUCUUUGCCGCGCCGAGUAUGUCACCCAUUCAUGGGGGGAUUGUGCUGGCCGCGGGGGCGUUUAAUUGGUUUAAUUCGGCGUGUUUGGCGGGGUGGUUGGUGGGAUAUCCGCUUUCUUUGAAGGGUUUGGAUGGGAGUGGGACUGCCAUCACUGGAGGGGAUGGGGUGAUGAAGAUGAUAAUCGGUAAACUGGGACUGAUUCUCUUCAUCCUCGGCAUGGCAUGUAACAUCCACGCCGAACGGACUCUCUUCCGGCUGAGACGUGAAGAGGCGCUUCGGAGGUUGGAGAAGAACUCAUCCCCCUCCCCCUCGACCUCUACCUCUACACCCACCAUCAAAGAUACCACCCCCCAAAAUCAACAGAAAGACCAACAAGAAAACGAUAAUGGGAAUAGGGAAAGGAAUAUCUACCAUAAAAUCUACACCAUCCCCCCACCCACCGGACUCUUCACAUCCAUUCUCUACCCGCACUACGUCGCUGAAUGGAUCGAAUGGACUGGGUUUGCUUUAUUAGGCGCUUGCAUUUCCCCUACUUCACCCAUCCUCAACACACUUGGCUCCAGACCAACGCUCCAUCUCGCGCCGUGGCUCGUUCCCGCUGCGAAGCUCGCGUCGUGGGCUGGGGUCGGGUUCCCCGUGCCGGCGGUGGUGUUUGUCGUGAAUGCGGUGACGAAUAUGUUGCCGCAUGCGCGGUGGGGGAGGGUGUGGUAUGUGGAGAGGUUUGGGGAGAGGGUUCAGGGACGGGGGGCCGUGGUGCCGUUUGUUUCGUGGUUGUGAGUAUUAUUUUUCUUUCUUGGGAUUGGGGUGGGUUGGUUGGGUGGGUGAGAUUGGGAGUAUGUUUAUGCUUGGUGGUGGUGGUGAUGGUGUGAUGUGAUGGUCAGUUGAAUGGGUAUCUGGGGUAGGGGAGAUGCCACAUGAGGUUGGAUUAGGAAUGCCUGUAUGAUUAGUUACUGGGUCGGUAAUAUUGACAUGUUGUCGAGUUCAGAUAUUACACUUAUGAUCGCUACAGAC